AUGGAUAAGACAAUUUUAGUCAUUCCACUGACUAUCUUUAUAAUUGCCACUAUUUAUUGCGAUAUUAUAGAAUCGUCAAACGAAGACUGUAUAUCAAAAUUUACAAAUGGUACCUGUGUGAAUGUAAGCGAUUGCCCGUAUGCGUUGACGUUGAUAUAUAAACGUGAUGUUGACAAACUAUCAAAUCUCACUUGUGGAUUCAAUAAGAACCAACCUAUGGUGUGUUGUCCCCAACAAGACUUACCUAUAUUGUACGAUACAAAAGAGGAACCGGCUACAAAUAGACCAAAACCAAUGAAUUUGAAACCGGUAGCAACAACCACUUUUAGUCCUCACAUAGAAACAAAGAACGAUAGCUCUAAUGUAUUACCAAACAAAACAAUUUGUGGUAAAGUAAAUAAUAAGGGCGUCACUGACAGAAUCGUUGGUGGAUCAGUUGUUGAAAUUGAUGAACAUCCCUGGUUAGCUCGUGUGCAACAUAAAUUAGGUGACGAUAUAAUUUUUGGUUGUGCAGCUGCACUUAUCUCGAAUAUAUAUCUUCUUACGGCAGCACAUUGCGUACAAAAUCCCAAGCUUAUUCCUUAUAAUGGAAAAAUUAAUCCUAAUAAUGACAUCGCCCUGAUUCGUUUAAGAGAACCAGUGACUUUUACAGAGGAGGAAUCUGUUUUAAAACGCAAAGUAGAACUGAAUGCUGUGCCCAUAGAAAUUUGUCGAAAUUAUCUAGACGUGGCACCGGAAGCUGAGCCAAAUAUAAUUUGCGUUGGAGGUAAAAAAGGAAAAGAUACAUGCAGUGGAGAUUCAGGGGGACCAUUGGUAAAAAUAGAAUCAGAAAAUUAUGAAGAAAAUUGGUAUAUGUUUGGAAUAACCAGCUUGGGCUUUAGGGAAUGUGGCCUUGAAGGUAUACCAGGAAUUUAUACAAGAGUCUCCUCGUACAUGGAUUGGAUUCUUGAUAACGUCAAAGAAUGA